AAUUAGGGUUUUUGUUUUUGUUUUUGGCGGUCUCGGUGAAGAAGAUGGUGCUGUCGAACAAGAAGCUGAAGCAGAGGAUUCGACAAGAUUUGGUUAAAUCACUAUCUGUCUCUGUAGCCGAAACCAAUCCACAAUCUCAGUCUCUGAAAUUGCUCCUUGAUUCAUCUAGCCACAAACCCAGAUUGUCCAAGAGAGAGAAACGAAGAAAUUGCGAAACUUUCGCUAGAGAAGACGACGGAGUCACAGAGAAUGAAGUUGGGAUUGGUGGGUCAACGGAGAAAACUGAUACGAAGAUUAGAAAGAAGAGAAAGAGAGACGAUACUGUGGAGGUCGACGAAUUAGAAGGAGAUGAAGUAACUAAGGAAGAGGAAAAACCCCAGAAGAAGAAAAAGAAGAAGAAGAAGAAGAAGAAGAGAAAGGUAAACAAAACGCCAAAGAAGGCUGAGGAAGGAAAUGUAGAAGAGAAGGUUAAGGUAGAAGAGAUUCAAGUUAAUAAUACAGACAAUAAAGAGGAAGAUGGGGUUGUUCCUAAAAAGUUAUAUGUUGGGGGUAUUCCUUAUCAGAGUACAGAAGAUGAGAUUCGUAGCUACUUCAGAAGCUGUGGAGUCAUCACUAAAGUUGAUUGCAAGAUGCGUCCUGAGGAUGGUGCGUUCAGUGGUAUUGCCUUCAUCACUUUUGAAACUGAAGAUGGUGCAAAACGUGCUUUGGCUUUUGAUAGAGCUGCAAUGGGUGAUCGAUUUUUGACGAUCCAGCAAUAUGUGAAAACCACCACCCCUUUCGUUCCCAGAAGGAAAACAUCUUCUGGCUUCGCUCCAGAAAUGGUGGAUGGCUAUAACAGGGUAUACAUUGGGAAUUUAGCCUGGGACACAACAGAGCGUGACAUACGGAAACUCUUCUCUGACUGCGUAAUUAACUCUGUGCGGUUGGGUAAAAACAAAGAAACAGGGGAGUUUAAAGGGUACGCACAUGUGGAUUUCAAGGAUAGCGUGUCUGUGGCGAUCGCGCUGAAGCUGGAUCAGCAGGUUAUUUGCGGAAGACCUGUCAAGGUAUGUUGUGCACUUAAAGACAGACCAGCUGCAAAUAUUAGUACAGAUCAUACACCUGGUGAAACGAACAAUGUUGGUUCGUACAACAUGGAAGAGACUUAUGCUGCUGCUGAUCCAAUACCGGCUUUAGCUGGGGCUGACGAAGUUAAUGACGGAAACUACUUUACAACCACAGUUAGCAGCGGUAAGAUCAAAAAGAGGGUCUGUUAUGAAUGUGGAGAAAAGGGUCAUCUUUCUACAGCCUGUCCCAAAAAGCUCCAAAAUGCUGAUGAUCAGGCAAACUCAAAGCUGGGUCAAGAAACUGUUGAUGCUGGACCGGCUAUGCAAAGCUAUGCUCUUCAAAAGAAUAGUGGUGAUUCUUACUACAUGAAUGAGACAUACGCUGCGACAUAUGAAACUAAUAAUGGAUACUCAGCAUCCGCUGUUAGCACUGGUAAGAUCAAAAGGAGAAACUGUUUCGAGUGUGGCGAAAAGGGUCAUCUUUCUAAUGCUUGUCCCAAAAAGCAUCAAAAUGCUGAUGAUCAGGCAAACUCAAAGCUGGGUCAAGAGACUGUCGAUGCUGGACCGGCUAUGCAAAGCUAUGCUCUUCAAAAGAAUAUUGGUGAUUCUUACUACAUGAAUGAGACAUACGCUGCUACAAAUGAAACUAAUGAUGGAGGCUUAGCAUCCGCUGUUAGCACUACUGGUAAGGUCAAAAGGAGGAACUGUUAUGAGUGUGGAGAAAAGGGUCAUCUUUCUACUGCUUGUCCCAAAAAGCUUCAAAACACUGCUCACACAAACUCCCAGCUGGAACACCAGACUGUUGAGGCAGGACCGGUUCAGGUAACAAGCUAUAGUCUUCAAACGAAAACAAGAGACACUGAGAACAAUGGUGGUUCUUUCAUGGAUGAGACAUAUGCUACUGUUCCGAUAUCUGUUGAUGUGACGAAUGGAGCUAAUGAUGCAAGCUUAACAUCUGCAGUUAGCACUGGUAAGAUCAAAAAGAGAAACUGUUACGAGUGUGGAGAAAAAGGUCAUCUUUCUUCAGCUUGCCCUAAGAAGCUGCAAAAACAAGGCUGAUCCCACAAGUUCUACAAAGCCAGCUUCAACAUUGUAACAAAAUGUUUAAGCUUUUCCAUUUGAAUUUUACGUUUGAGGAAUAUGGAAAGGACGUGGACCACUUAGAAGAGUGGAGUUUUGGUCCUCUUUUAGAAACCAUAAAUUUAUAUUCUGUAUUGUCUUAUUAUCUUUCAUAGAAUGCUCUAAAAACCAAAAGUAUCAUAUCAGAUGAGUCAUCAGUUAAAUAUAUUGGUUUU